AUGCUCGUCGAGCUCAAGAGCGGCGAAACGCUCAACGGGCUGCUUAUAAACUGCGACACGUGGAUGAACCUCACCUUGCGCGAAGUAGUCCAGACCAGCGCCGACGGCGACAAAUUCAUGCGACUGCCUGAGAUCUAUGUGCGCGGUAGUACGAUCAAAUAUCUACGGGUCCCAGACGAGAUAGUCGACGUGGUCAAGGAGCAGCAGGCCAAGGACCAGGCGAACCGAGGCGGAAGAGGUGGCAUGCAUCAACGCGGCGACCGUGGCGAUCGUGGGGGCCGGGGCAUGCGUGGACGCGGACGGGGUCGUGGUCGAGGAGGAGGAGGUGGUGGUGGUGGCGCUUGA